AUGGCCAACAGGAUCCCUCGUUCGAGCUCCUGCUUCUUCAUCUUUCUGUUAUUACCGUUGCUCUUACAGUUUUGUUCUGGGAAAAGUGAUCUCCAAUUAAACUACUACUCAGAAAGUUGCCCAAGGGCUGAAGAGAUCAUCAAAGAGCAAGUCGUCAACCUGUACCACAAGCAUGGAAAUACUGCAAUUUCGUGGGUCAGAAAUAUAUUCCAUGAUUGCAUGGUUAAGUCAUGCGAUGCGUCGCUUCUGCUGGACAACGCCCCUGGCAUGGAGUCUGAGAAGAACUCAGCGAGGAGCUUUGGAAUGAGAAACUUCAAGUACAUAAACACAAUUAAGCAGGCCCUGGAAAGUGAAUGCCCCGGUACAGUUUCUUGUGCUGAUAUCGUCGCUCUCUCUGCAAGGGAUGGCGUCGUUUUGUUGGGAGGGCCAGAAAUUGAGAUGAAAACCGGGAGGAAAGACAGCAAAGUCAGUCAUGCGGCGGACGUUGACAGCCUUAUUCCUAACCAUAACGAUAGCAUGUCUUCAGUUCUUUCGCGCUUUCAGUCGGUUGGGAUCGAUGCAGAAGGAACUGUUGCUUUACUAGGCGGUCACUCAGUGGGGCGAAUUCAUUGCAUCAAUUUUGUGGACAGACUCUAUCCAAACGCUGACCCGACCCUUAACCCUGCUCAUGUUGAAUACCUCAAACGUCGAUGCCCCUCUCCAAAACCAGACCCCAAGGCGGUGGAGUAUUCCAGAGAUGAUCUUGCAACGCCCAUGGUGCUCGAUAACUUAUAUUACAAGAGCAUCUUGGACGGCAAAGGGCUCCUGAUAGUCGAUCAAGAAUUGGCUUCGGAUCCUUUGACGUCUCCUUUUGUCCAGAAGAUGGCUGCUGACAAUGACUACUUCCAAGACCAGUUUUCAAGGGCUCUGCUGAUUUUGUCCGAGAAUAAUCCCCUUCUCAAUGAUGAGGGAGAGGUAAGAAAGGAUUGUCGCUUUGCUAACAAGAAGUAAUCAUGUUUAUGGAUACGACCAAGUAGAAACAAACUCUUUUGUGAGGAUUAAUGGGAGCCAAUUACUUCCUGGAUAUUAUUAGAAGUUGACUCUGUAUUUCCCUUUUGCAG